AUGGGUCUCCUGGAGUUCGAGAAAUGGUCAAACCAGCCAGGGCUUUUCUCUGAAAAGUCAAGGUUUUGUGCCCGGUUGCGAGGCCUGACACCAGGGCAGCGUCGAAUAUGCCGUCACCAUAAGGACCAUAUGCCGACUGUUAGUGCUGGGGUCCGGAAGGGUAUUGAAGAGUGCCAGUACCAGUUUCAAGGGCGGAGGUGGAACUGUACCAUCACGAGUAAUGAGACGGUAUUUGGACCUUUGACAUUAAUAGCGUCCCGCGAAACUGCUUUUACCCACGCUGUAACAGCUGCUGGUGUGUCAUUAGCCAUCUCCCGAGCAUGUCGGGAUGGAAGUCUCGCGUCAUGUGGUUGCAGCCGUGCGUCACGGCCACGACAUUUACAUAAUGAUUGGGUGUGGGGUGGAUGUGGGGAUAACCUGGAGUAUGGAUACAAGUUCACAGAAAGCUUUGUAGAUGUCCGCGAGAGGGAGGGGAAAGUGAAAAGAGGCAGCCGGGAACAGGGACGCCAGUUAAUGAACAGGCACAAUAACGAAGCUGGCAGACGGGCUGUUAUCAAGAAAUCUCGUGUCACGUGUAAAUGUCACGGUGUUUCGGGGUCAUGUAGUCUCAUCACGUGCUGGCAGCAAUUAGCUACAUUCAGGGAAAUUGGUGACUACCUCCAUGAGAAAUAUGAAGGAGCAACGGAGGUGAAAGUAUCAAGACGUGGCAAGCUACGCGUGGGUAAUCCUAAUUAUAGUCUGCCCACGCCGCAGGACCUCGUCUACUUGGAGGAAUCACCUAAUUAUUGUAUUAAGAACGAGACAUUGGGUUCCUUCGGCACUACCGGCCGAAAUUGCAACAGAACGUCACCAGGCAUUGAUGGAUGCGCAAUAAUGUGUUGUGGCCGGGGCUACAAUACAAAACGGGCCGUUAUAAAAGAGCGAUGCGAUUGUAAAUUUCACUGGUGCUGCCGUGUUGAUUGCAAUAUUUGUGUCAAAACUGUCGAAAUUCAUACUUGUAAAUAG